AUGCAUCUGGCUGUUGUCAGGUUCGACUACCAGGAGCUGCUUCACAACGCCAGUUUCUGCUUGGUGCCCCGGGGCCGUCGACUGGGAUCCUUUCGCUUUUUGGAGGCCUUACAGGCUGCCUGUAUUCCAGUUAUUCUGAGUAACGGCUGGGAGCUUCCAUUCUCUGAAGUAAUCGACUGGAGGAAAGCUGCCAUCAUUGGAGAUGAGAGAUUACUGUUACAGGUUCCCUCCAUUACCCGAUCCGUGGGCCGUGACAGGAUCCUGGCUCUCCGCCAACAGACCCAGUUCCUUUGGGACGCCUACUUCUCCUCUGUAGCCAAAAUAGUCUUAACCACUCUGGAGAUCAUACAGGACCGAGUGGAGGCUCAUGUGUCCCGAAAUCACCUGCUGUGGAAUUUCCUACCUGGUGGUCUCUUUGCGCUCCCACAGUACUCAACUGAUCCUGCUCAGUUCCCUUUUUACUAUGCCAUCCUGGGUAAGAACCCAUCGCAGCAGUUUACAGCUGUGAUCCAUGUGGUAACUCCUCUGCAGUCCCAGAUCUCUCCUGUGGUGAAGCUCAUCAUCGCCGUGGCCAAGUCCAAGUUCUGUGCACAGAUCGUGGUUUUAUGGAACUGUGACAAGCCUUUACCUCCUCGAAAUAAGUGGCCCUCCACCAGCGUGCCUCUCACUGUCACUGAAGGACAGACCAAGACGAUGAGCAGUCGUUUUUUCCCCCACGACAUCAUCACCACCGAUGCCGUGCUCAGUCUGGAUGAGGACUCUGUUCUCUCAACCAAUGAGGUGGACUUUGCUUUUAUUGUGUGGCAAAGUUUUCCGGAGCGGAUUGUCGGUUAUCCAGCAAGGAGCCACUACUGGGAUAGUUCCAGAUCACGCUGGGGCUACACCUCCAAGUGGACUAAUGACUACUCCAUGGUACUUACAGGAGCAGCCUUUUACCACAGAUACUACCACUACCUGUUCACUCACUACAUCCCAGCCAGCCCGCUGACCAUGGUGGACCACAUGGCCAACUGUGAGGACAUCCUGAUGAACUUCUUGGUUUCAGCUGUCACUAAGCAGCCUCCAAUCAAAGUCACACAGAAGAAACAGUACAAGGAAGCUAUGAUGGGCCAGGGCUCUAAGGCAUCUCGUUGGGCUGACCCAGACCAUUUUGCACAGCGACAGACCUGUAUGAACGCCUUCAGCCAAUGGCUAGGCUUCAUGCCCUUAGUACACUCGCAGAUGAGGCUGGACCCCGUCCUGUUCAGGGACCAAGUUUCUAUACUGAGGAAGAAGUACAGAGACAUUGAGAGACUCUGAAGGCUACAAUCAAACAGCAUUUCAGAAACAUAGAGUCAUCCUUCCUCUCAGUGGGAAGGAAACAUAUGAACUGAAUGGGAUGCUAUGAAACGGAAAGCUAGGAGUGAUGUAUAUGAAGGAUAAGGAAAUGUUUGUUCUUGUGAAAAAAAUGUGAGAAAAUUGCAGGGAUGCGGUAACAAGCCAAAUGGUCACCCACAAUAUUAAAACCAGCACAUUUAUCUGGAGUCGGCCCAAUAUCUACAGAAAAAUGGCUAGAAGCAUAAUUUGAGGGUUUGCACAGAUUUGAUUUGUGGUUGCUCCACCUGGAUAAUCAGAUUCAACGCAUUUCACUCUUUGCUUUUCCAGUCAAUAUGCUGCAGUGAGAGGAUCAAUUACUCAUAUAGCCUGUUAGUGGCUUUAAAGAUGUGGCUGAUCAAUGUGUGUGAAUGCAUGAAGGAAAUGUACAACAAAAAACCUAGAUACAUACACGUUCAUGAUCAAAGACAAAAGUAAAGUGUUUCAUGGUUUAAAGGAAGUAAUGUAUACUGUGCAAUACAUGAGAUAUGUUUAGAAAAAAGAAAGAGUCAAAUUCCUUCUAAUGAGGUUAGAUGUGUACAGAAAUCAGUCAAAGGGGACAAAAAAGAAACUCCAGAAGACAAAAGGUGACUUGCCCCUUGUAAACUAUUGUACAAUCUUUAGCAGCAGUUGCUCCCUGUAUAAAACACCCAUAAAGGAAAAUUAAAUAAAGAAAUGUUAUAUA